UCAGUCCCGUCUGUCACAAUUCUUCUGGACUUUACUUUGAGCAGGAUCAAAUCUCGUUGGCAUUAUCGCAGAAUGGAUAUGAAGCUGUUGGCAGUCGUAGCUGCGCUCACGGUGGUGAUAUAUGCGUUUCCAACACAAGGUAUGCAGAUCUUUUUCAGCUGGUUUGCUGUGUACUUUUGCAAUUGUCGUCAACAUAACAUCCAACGAACCUACAUUCGAGAGCUCAGGUUCAUCCACACACCCAACUGCCCCUUCCAAGUGAUUGCCAAGCUGAAGACAAACAAAGAAGUGUGUGUGAACCCAGAGAUCCGGUGGCUGCAGCAGUACCUGAAGAACGCCAUCAACAAGAUGAAGAAAUCCAGGCAGGACAACUAAAAACCCCGGCGGAGAUCCUCCUAAGCCAUCACUGAGGGUUUGAACCAUCACAGCUGUAACAUGUGAUAUGAGAUCAUCUGGUAUGUUAAACAGCACUUAUCACGACUGCCACGAUGCGGCCUCUUGCAUGGAAUGAACCUACAACUCUUCAUCGUGAACACCAUCCACCAAGUUGUUGCAGUCUUCACCAUCACCCUUCUCACCACUUAUAGAGAUUGUAGACGUUAUUAGUGCAAAGUGCAAUUAUAUCUGUGUGUGUAUGUUUUUCUAACUAUAAUGUUUAUACUUUUUUUUGUUAAUGGACAUAAACAGUAAAGAACUAUUUUUUGGAGAUUUUCUCGUCCUUCUGGCCUCUCUGUCAUUUAAGAAAAAGCAUCGACCCCGGGGUCAAAGUGUUUAAAGGGGGGAGAUAUAGGUCAGUGGGAGAAUUUUCUCCACAACAAACACGAGUUACCAUCCCACUUGCAAGUAGCAGAGUCUUUUCAUCUGCUAAAUAAGCAGAAUAUAGAUUUAUUAACUCUAAUCCAAAACAUGGGAUCUGCUUACCCUAAUCGUCUCUGAUUUUAAAUUGUACAAUAUGAACAACAAUGUACAGUUUCUCUUCUAAAAAACAAGCAGAGGCGCAGAGUUUGCCAAGUCGUAUUUCAUGUUUCAAGUUAAUUAGCACCGUGGAAUUUCAAUGGGUGCCAGCUACCCCCAGACUGAAUAUAAGAUCCUAGUAAAAAUGGCUAUUACAAUGUUUUUGUGAUGGAAAUUAGGAUGCCAGAAGAGCUUGAGAAUUUCCUGAGCAGUUCUGUGGCAGUGAUUAUGCGACCCUGUGUUACCCAACGUGCCUGCUUUUUUUCAUUCUUGGAGAAAAGCUGAACAUCUAGAUCCAAAACCAUUUUAAUUGAGCGACCAAUAAGUCAAAAUUGACAAGAAUUGUAAAGCUGUGUCGCUUAACGAGAGAUGUUAAGAACAAAUGGUGACAUUCACGAAUCACAGUUCGCUGUCAAAAAGAUUUUAAUAUACUGUUAGUAUAAAUGUACACAAGGGUGUACUGCAAUUUGAAUAACUGUAACCACAUCAGUAGUUAAAACACUUUGUUAUACUCUGAGCCACAGUAGAGAAAGUAGUUGUACUAUUACUGACAAUAAAUAAUGUACAUAGAUUUAACUACCUACAACUGUCAUGCAGAUAGCGAUGCACUUUAUAUCUGAUGUAUUCAUGUUUUAACAACAACAUUUACUAUUACUCACUAAGUCUGAUCAUUAGGCCUAAAUUGUCUUUUGUAUUUUUUAUAUUAAUCAUGCUGUUGCUAUUCUGUUCUUUUUGAUCAUUGAAUGUGUUGCUGCAUUUAACUUUUAAAGCCUGGGUGAUUCAUUCAUCUAUUAUACAAAUGUUUAUUUUUGUACUCUUUUAUGCAUUCAUAUAUUAAAUCUAAACAUUUAAAUGAAGGAACUGUACUCUCACAAUUGAGUCAACCAGCCAACACUUUACUGUAGAACUUGUAUACAGUUGGUCAGUAAAGAAAGGAAAUUUUAAAAAUGUUACGAUUACUAUUUUAAUGUUUACUUUCCUAUACAUGUUACAAGCAUUUUCCUCAUAAAUAUACUCACUUAUACCUACUAAUGCACACACAUAGUUAAGUGACUCUUUACAUCUUUAUAUUCAGUGUAAAGCCAGCUUUUCCAGAGCCAACACGCAGCUGCUGUAAUCUUACUGUACUAGCAGGUCAGAGGUUAAAUCUAUAGACUUUGAUGUGUGAACAUGUGUUUAGCUUUACUCACAAGGGCAAAUUAAAGGCAAGCACAAUGAUCCUGCCUGUUAUUUAACUAUUAACUCAACAAGCCACCAUUAGGAAAACAUUAGAGCUAAAAGGGAUGAACUUUUAACUUCCCUCUAAGGGCAUUAUGUGAGGCGGAGCACAGUAGUUUAUGUGAUGAGAGUGGUCUGCUGAUUGAAACAUCAGGGAGAGAUAAAGGGCCGUGAAUGGCACUCCACAACCAAUUUUGCUUUGUCUACUGAUACUGUUUUUGUCCGGGUUAAGCGGGAAAGCAGCACUCGUGUGAGAUAAAGCCAUUGAUUUAGCCACUUUUUUUAGCACUGGUGUGCCAAUUUUGAGUGGAAAGAAAUCAUAUAUAAUCACUGUAUGAUUGAUUGGGUUGAUAUCACUGCAGAGAUCUAGAGGUAGCAACGAGUGUUUUCCUCCCCAGUAAUGUGAAGAUUGGGCAGCUUGUCGUGUCAUGUGAAAUUUUAUCAUACAGAGGACACAUCCUCAUAAAGUGUUAACUAUUAUUACUCUGAGACCAUUUUUAAAACAUUUGCUUACUGAAAAUAUUUCAAUUAAACUUAAAAUUGAUCACA